CCGGUCACAGGGGAAACACGGACUUUGAGAGAUGUUGAUAUGUCGAGGCAUCACCUAGGACAGAAACAGAGCUCCAAACUUCUGAGACCGGCUAUCAGUAAGGAGAGGAGACGUGAGAGUUCUACGAGCGUUCAAAAAGCAUAUCGGGAUGUAGAUGCAGAACCCGGGUACGCAAAACCCGCGCCACCUGAUGGAAGGAAGCAAGACAUUUUCAACGUGAGCGAUUUCACUCACGCUGAUAAUUAUGUGAGGAAGGCGCCACCGGAAACAGGCGAGAGCUAUGAAGCUCUGUUGGAGUAUCUGACCAGUGAAUCGGACUCGGACCUGGAGACGAUACGGGCCUUGUUUUACUGGUUGGUCCUACAAAAGGUACCAAUGUUGCUAUGUCAGAAGGACAUUCCCUCCCCGGACACUCCAGUUGGAUAUCUACAUCUGGUCCGGGAACGCAAGGGAAGUUAUUCCGAACUUUUCACCACUCUUUCCAGAAAAGCUGGAAUACCUUGUGUGACCAUUUAUGGUGUGGCGAAAGGAGUGGCUUACGAAGUAGGAGAGAAAAUUGACCGUAUUAGAAUGAAGAAUUCCUGGAAUGCUGUUUAUCUAGAAGGAAGUUGGCGCCUCCUUCACCCAUACUGGGCGGCUAUGUCUGCUCAGGGUUACAACACCGGGCGCUGGACAGUGGUCGAGUGUCCAGACUUCCACGAGGACUUCGUGCCAAAGGGCGGUAGUAAAUCCUACAUAGUCCAUUCUAUGGUCAACGAGUUUUUCUUUCUUACUGACCCCAAUCAGUUCAUAACCAAAUGUUUCCCAAAUGAUGAGCGCUGGCAGUUAUUGAAGAUGCCGUUUACAAAAGAAGCAUUUGAAUCCACGCCGUUUUUGCAACCAUCAUUUUACGAACUUGGACUAAAACUGACCAGUCAUAAGAAAUGUGUCGUCCAAUCACAUCACGGGAAAGUCAAAAUCACGAUUGAAAUGCCUAAAGAUUCUCAACAUCGGCUUCAGUUCUCGUAUAAACUAUAUCGUUCGCGAGAGUACGAGGAUGAGGGAGAAUAUGAAUAUUUCAAACUGGAGAGGUUUGUGCUGCAGUACUGUCAAGGUACAACUGCCUUUACAGAGAUUCGCUUUCCUCCCGUGGCUAUCGGUGUGUAUAAGCUAGAACUUCACUGUCGGGACCCCAAACACAGACUCAUCUCCGAGUGGAUCUGUGAUUUCAAAGUCGUCUGCACAGUCGGAAUGGAGGUUUGCGAUCCUCUUCCACUUGUGCCAUCCAUAGGUUGGGGGGCAGGGCCGGAGUUGGAACGCCACAACAUCGUGGCCCGCACACAUGCCGACGGAGUUUAUAAUAUAGACGACGAUCUGGUCACUGAAGUAUGGUUUGAGCACGACAGUGAAACAGAAAUAUACACAGAACUAAUUCACAAUUCGUUAUCGAAGAGCGAACUUGUGGAAUGUUUGUCACAAACGUUUAUAAACGAGGACUCGGAAACGGUGGUCCGAGUCAAACCUGCUACGGAAGGGGAAUAUGCUCUCCAGGUGUUCAGCAAAAAGAAAGAUGCCCUGAAUCUAGAGAACGUGUGCAACAUUCUUCUUCAAAGGACCCAAGUUGUGGAGGACCACAGCAUGGCUAAUCUACGAGAGCAACUGAAAGAGGCCACGGCGGAGGGAGACACCAAAGCAAUGGCCUCACUAUUGGACGAGUGUUCCAAGAGAGGUCUGGAGGACAGGGGCGACUUCACCAAAGCCAAGCGGAAGUUCCACUUAAAUCGUCUCAAUAAUGAGAUCAGAGACGCAAUGCAAUCUAAAGAUCUCGAUAAACUGGAGGCGGCCAUGCACAACCUCAGCGAGACGUCACUCAAGCAUGACAUAGGCGGAAUCUUGGAGGACGCGGAGGUCAUGCGAGCCCGACUUCGGAAGUUGAAGAGGCUACGGAAGGCCGUACUAGAAAUGGACGCCAAAAGUAUUUCUGAAAUCCGGAGUUACCCCAAACCACCCGCCCCUGUACACGCAGUGAUGGCCGCGACAUUUCUCUUGCUGGGCAGUAAAGAGGCCGACUUACGGAAAUGGCCAAAAGUACAAGGUUUAAUCUCCAAGAAAGGAAAAGAAGGGUUAAAACGUCGAGUAGCGGCCUUCCAGAUGAGGAAGCUACGACCGGCCAUUGUACUGCGAGCCAAAGAAAUCAUCGGCAAGUACGACAUGGAGACGAUCCAGAUCGCCAGUGCUGGGGCCGCCACAUUCUACCUGUGGGCCACAACAACCAUACAUGACUAUGAGAACUGAUGGAAGCUGAUGGAGAAGCGUUCAGAUUGGUCGAUUGUUUUUCCUACCAAGACAACAGAACUAAUUUUAAAAGUAAAACAAAAACUGUUAUUACAGAGUAUGACAAAACAUUGAAAAUUAAUAUUUGAAGAUUGCUUUAAUCUGUAAAGCUAUGGAAUUUACCAGCAAUAUUUCCUGGUAUCAUAGACUUCCAUUGUUAACUUAGACAUACAGAAAAAUAAA